GAUUUCCAGGCUGAUGAGUGGUCCCUUUCUCCCCGGGUAAGACGUGCACCUUGUCGCCAAACCGUCAAUUAUUGGGCGUGCCACUCCUCCUAAGUAGUCUCGGCCGAGAGAGACCUCGAAUGCAGCUUCGCCCCGUCUUGAAAGGCAAGCCUUGUUCUGGUGCCGGGCGCCGAGUGACUGCGACACCAACCAUGGAGGAUAAGAUGGGCAUCGACAGCCCCAGAGGCACCAAAAGGAAGGCGGACGAAGCUUCAUCAGAUGUGAUAGCUCCUCGUCGGAUCAAGGCUCUGGAUCAAGAUGUGGUGAAUAAAAUUGCUGCCGGCGAGAUCAUUGUGGCACCUGUUCACGCGCUGAAGGAAUUGAUGGAGAACGCCGUCGAUGCAGGCUCCACAUCCCUCGAGGUCCUGGUUAAGGAGGGUGGCCUGAAGCUACUGCAGAUUACCGAUAAUGGUUGCGGUAUCGAGAAGGACGAUUUGGCAAUUUUGUGCGAGAGGUUCACCACAUCCAAGCUGAAGACGUUUGAAGACUUGACUAGCAUUGCCACCUACGGCUUUCGAGGUGAAGCUCUUGCGAGCAUUAGCCAUAUAGCCCAUCUUCAAGUCACUACCAAGACUAAGGGUUCCAACUGCGCAUGGCGCGCCCACUAUGAUGGAGGGAAGCUCUCUCCCGCAAAACCUGGCCAGUCAGCCGAUCCCAAACCAACGGCAGGACGUAAUGGCACCCAGAUUACGGUUGAGGAUCUGUUCUACAAUGUGCCGACACGUCGUCGGGCUUUUAGAUCGUCUUCCGAGGAAUACAACAAGAUCGUCGACAUGGUCGGGCGCUACGCCAUCCAUUGCAGUGGCGUCGCAUUUUCCUGCAAGAAGCACGGCGACUCGGGGGCAUCGAUUGCGGUUCAAUCACAAGCCUCAGUUGUCGACCGGAUUCGCCAAAUCCAUGGUGGUAGCGUGGCGAAUGAGUUGAUCGAAUACGCUACCUCAGAUGAUCGCUGGGGUUUCAAGGCUCAAGGAUGGGCAACCAAUGCCAACUACCACAUCAAGAAAACCACCCUGCUGCUGUUCAUUAACCACCGGUGUGUGGAGUCGUCCGGUGUCAAGAAGGCGAUCGAGCAAACGUAUUCGGCUUUUCUACCCAAAAGCGGGCAUCCGUUCGUCUAUCUCAGCCUUGAGAUCGACCCGCAGCGUGUGGAUGUGAAUGUACACCCUACAAAACGCGAGGUCAACUUCCUCAAUGAGGAUGAGAUCAUCCAAGCUGUGUGUGAGAAUAUCCGUGACAAGUUGGCGGCCGUGGAUACCAGCCGCACCUUCAUGAUGCAGACUCUCCUUCCUGGCUCCAUUGUCCCCUCGAGAUCACCGCAGCCGGGUGCUGACGUGUCCUCGAUGCAAAAUACUGCAGCCAAAGGUAAACCGCCAGUGCGGCUCUACGAGAACAAUCUUGUCAGGACCGAUGGCUCACUCCGCAAGAUCACGAGUAUGUUUCCCACCGCCCCCAAACCUUCCACGUCAACAGCAACAAGCGGUGCGGAUAAUGAGCCCAUAUACCAGACCACCGACAGGGAGCCCGUUAUCUGUCGCCUCAGCAGUGUACGUGAGCUUCGCAGAGCGGUGCGUGAUGACAUGCAUCACUCUCUAACGGAGAUCUUCGCGUCGCACACGUUUGUGGGUAUUGUGGACGAAAGGCGCCGCCUUGCCGCAAUGCAGGGUGGUGUAAAACUCUACCUCGUUGACUACGGCCGCGCCUGCUUGGAGUAUUUUUACCAAGUAGGCCUUACUGACUUUGGCAACUUCGGCACGAUCCAGUUCCAACCGUCGCUUGAUCUGCGCGAAGUGCUGACCAUCGCCGCCGAGCGCGAAAAAGCCACGGCGGCCGGCGGCGAGCUCGCUGAUGAUGAUGACUUCGACGUAGCCGAGGUAGUGGAGACAGUAGCCGCACAGCUGAUAGAGCGUCGGGAGAUGAUGCUCGAAUACUUCAGUCUCGAAAUUAACCCUGCCGGCGAACUACUCUCUAUCCCAUUACUAUGCAAGGGCUACAUGCCGCCAAUAGCGAAGUUGCCGCAAUUUCUGUUACGACUAGGACCCCACGUUGACUGGACGGAAGAGCUUGGGUGUUUCAAUACCUUCCUACGCGAGCUGGCUAGCUUCUACGCGCCUGAGCAACUCCCACCGCUACCGGGCAACAGCGAGGCACUGGAGAGCGAGGAUGUACCCGACGAAGUCAAGGCACGGCGGGAACAUGUACGACGAGCGGUAGAGCAUAUCUUCUUUCCGGCCUUCAAAGCUAGGCUUGUCGCUACUAAGACACUGAUGAGUGGUGGUGUGCUCGAAUUGGCGGAUCUCAAGGGGUUAUAUCGUGUGUUUGAGCGUUGUUAGCCUGCCGUUUACGGGGAAUAUGAUGGUGGUAGAGGUUAACAAGAGGAAGAACAAGUAUAGGCAGUUGCCGCUGGCGCUCCGGGCUUCUAUACACAUUUUUUACGUCAUCAAUCUGGGGGAUGAUACAUGAAGCUAUUUCCCGAGAAUUUUUCUCGAUGCAUAGUAACUAAUUACUAACAAAGAACCAAACUGAGAGUGUUUUAUUUCCA